AUGUGUAGCUACGACGACAAAAUCCAGCCCCACCCCCAUGACCUCCAGCUCGCCUAUAUCAGUUGUGACACCAAAAUCCUCGCCGUCAAUCGCAAUAUCAAGCUUUCCGCUUUCAUCUCCAAGCUCUCCCCCUUCUAUGACACCCCUAACAAUGCCGUUUGCUUCAAGUACCAGCUUCCCAGCGAAGAUCUCGAUGCUCUCAUCUCUAUCACCAAUGACGAAGACCUCGACCACAUGAUGAUCUGGUCUUCUUAUGGAUCUUCUCCGACAGCUCUGAUCAUGGCCUCACCGACAAACCCCGAUUUCCUGUUCGGAUUCGAUAAGGGAUACACGGCUGUGCUGGUUUCGAAAUUUCCCGACUCGGUCACUCCGCCGACUGUUCCCGAUUUGCUUGUGAAAAUCACUCUGGUUGGAUCGGGAUCGCCACAUCGAAGAACCGGUGAUGUCUCAGGCACAGUAGGCUGCAGCUUAUAG